AUGCCGAAAGGUUCAAAAUGGCAGCCAAGGUAUAUAAAAAAUCCUUUUGUUAAUAGUCCAAGCGACGCUUCUCAGCAGGUGAGUAGUGAAUGGUUGAAACAUCACGCUUCUAAACUGAUUGCUGAAAUAUUGAAGUAUAAUAUAACGAUGGAUGACUGUCAGAGUGGUGCUUAUACAGGCGCUUGUGGAAUUGCAUAUGCAUUGCUUCGAGCAACAAGACACUUUCCCGAACGCAGAGCUGAAUUCCUCGAACAAUGUCAGCGAUUAAAUUCACAAAAUUUGAAAAUUAUUAAGAAAGAUGAUGGAAGACCUCGUGAGUAUCGUUUUUUGCUUGGAACGACGAGUGUUUACAUCAUUUCUAUCCUAUGUGAUCAAGGAAAUGAAUACUUUAUGAAACGUUUGAAUGAAAUAAGCAAAAUCGUAUCGCAAAAUGAUUAUCAAGGUGAUGGCGAUGAUGAAAUGUUGGCUGGUCGAGCUGGAUUUUUAGCAGCUGUUUUAAAUCUUAGAGAAGCCGGUAAGGGAGAAAUUAUACCAUUAAUACAAGUAAAAAAAGUGGUCAAAAAGAUGAUAGAUUCUGGACGACUUUACUCUUAUACCCAUAACUUAGAAAUUCCGUUGAUGUAUCAGUAUCAUGGUCGUGAAUAUCUUGGAUCUGCACAUGGUCUUAUGGGAAUAAUUCAGAUGCUAUUGAGUUUCCAAGAAUUUCUUGAUGAUGAUGAAAAGAAAGAUGUUGUGGAAACAUUGGAUUGGCUUGUAAGUAUACAGUUAUAUAAUGGUAAUAUACCAACAAAAAUGAGUGAUUUAAACGUCGAUCAUGGUGAAAAUGAGCUGGUACAUUGGUGUCAUGGUGCAGCUGGCUUCAUCCAUCUGAUGAUUGUCGCAUACAUAGUAUUAAAGCAGACCAAGUAUUUGUCGGCUGCGGAAAAAGCUUUAAAUUUAAUUUGGCACAAAGGCUUUCUUACAAAGGGACCAGGAAUUUGUCAUGGUGUUGCCGGCAGUGGUUAUGCGUUUCUUUUAUAUUAUCGAUUGACCAAAAAUGAGAAAUGGUUAGAUCGUGCAAAAUGUUUUGCUGCUGUAAUGUUAAGCGAAAAUUUCAAAUCAAAAUCGAGAACACCUGAUAGGCCAUACAGUCUUUUCGAAGGAAUUGCUGGGAGUCUUUGUUUUCUGUGCGAUCUACUGGACCCAGAAAAUGUUCAGUUUCCUUUGAUUCCUAUUUUAAUGCCUCGACGAAUGCAAAAUAGGUCAGCAUUGCCGCUUUUUUGUGGCCUGCGAAGCAAACUUCGUAAAUCAAGGAAGGUUGGAAGAAUGCGUUAUUUUCCGAAUCCACAUUAUAUGGAUGCAGUUAGCGGAGCUCGAAAAGUCACAAAAGAAUGGUUGCAAGGUGAAAUAAUUAACAUGGUUAAUCAAAUUAUGGCUUAUCGCGCGUCACGCACUGAUUUCGCCUCAGGUGUGUAUGUUGGUGUAGCUGGUAAUGCAUAUGGAGUAUUUACUGCAUCGACGUUCUGUUUGCAAGAUUUCAGAAAAGAGCAGUACCAAUCAUUCGCAGCAGAAGCUAUUGCUGAACAUUUAAAGUAUUGCGAAGGGCAUUCCUGUAAACAACUCAGAGAUACGCAAUUUUUUCUUGGCUCUCUUGGCGUAUAUGUGGUAAAGAUCAUAUUUGAUUACCAAACCAAAAAUUAUAUCAAUCAAGAAGUCCUUAAUAUAGUUGUCUCUGCGGUUGAUGUGGUAUGUACGGAUAAUUAUAUGGAUUGUGGUUGUGAUGAAAUGUUGGUUGGGCGAGCAGGAUUUUUGGCUGCCAUCCUUAAUUUAAGGAUGCAAUUGAAUGUGGACGUUAUAUCUGAUAAUAUUCUUAAAAAAGUUAUGGAUAAAAUUAUCGAUUCUGGACGUAAAUAUGCUUAUCGUAAAAGAUCUCCCUCUGCACUUAUGUAUCAGUAUUAUGGAAAUGAGUAUUUGGGUGCUGCACAUGGUCUCAUGGGAAUACUUCAAAUGCUGUUGAGUUUCCCACAUUUGCUGGAUGCUUUAGCACUACGUGACAUUGAAACUACUCUUGACUGGCUUCUGAACAUUCAGACAUCUGAUGGCAACUUCCCGCCGAACGUUAAUGAAAUCGGAUUUGAUCGAAAAGAUGAGGAAUUAGUUCACUGGUGUCAUGGUGCAACAGGAGCAGUUCAUCUUUUUAUUGUUGCAUAUCUUCAUUUUAAACGAGAUAAAUUUUUGAAGGCAGCAGAGAAAUGCUUAAAUUUAAUUUGGAAAAAAGGUGUUUUGCGUAAAGGACCUGGUAUUUGUCACGGUGUUGCUGGUAGUGGAUAUGCUUUUCUGUUGUAUUAUCGUCUUACACAUGAUGAAAAAUACUUGCUCAAGGCUCGUUGCUUCGCAAACAUUGUUCGUGAUCCUGAUUUUAUAUCGAAAGCUCGCACUCCUGAUAGUCCUUUCAGCUUAUAUGAAGGGAUUUCUGGUACUUUAUGCUUCUUUUGUAGUCUUUACGAUCCGAUGAAAGCUCAGUUUCCUUUAGUUCCUAUUCCUUUUCCGUAG